UAAGCCAUUUUUAGCCAUUUUUGCAUUUGCUAAAUCGUAAAGAAUUUGUAUAUACGUUAAGAAAAGAUCAAAACCAAAGCCAAAUCCCGAGUUGAAAUGAAGUUUGGAGGAAUGUUUGGAAUCCGGGGAUAUUCUCUAAUGGAGAAUAUCUGUAAAAUCAGAAGAGUUGUUGAAGAACAAUGCCUUCAACAUGGUUGCUAUGGAAACAAUGCAAAAGGAACUCGAACUUACCAAGUUUGGCCAGGGAACAAUGUGUUUUUCUUCCAGGGUAAACUUGUAUGCGGCCCAGAUCCAAAAGGGUUGCUCCUGACAGCUGUUUCUAUACUUAUUUCAAGUUGGAUUUUCACCAUUUACAUUGGAUAUGAUUUACCAAAGAUUAAUUCCAUUCUAAUUGUCAGUAUAUGUUUGAUUCUGACUGUGAUGGUUCUUGUCAACUUGAUUCUGGUUAGUGCCAUUGACCCCGGAAUCAUUCCUAGAAGUGAACAGUCAAUAUCUCUUGAAGACAUCGGUACCAGUAAAGGGACUAGGAGGAAGAAGGUAACUGUUAAUGGGGUGCAAAUGAAACUAAAAUAUUGUCGGAUUUGUAGGAUUUUUAGGCCACCAAGGAGUUGCCAUUGCGCCAUAUGUGACAAUUGCGUUGAAAAAUAUGAUCACCAUUGUCCAUGGGUUGGUCAGUGUAUUGGACUGAGAAACUAUGGCUUCUAUUGGACAUUUUUAAUAACAGCACUAGUCUUCUUUAUCUACAUAUUUGCUUUCUCUUGCUGGAGGAUCCACCAAGGAAUGUCGGAAACUGGUACUGGGUUGUUUGGAAUGCUAAGGAACUGCCCUGAAACAUUGGCACUGACAGUGUUUAGCUUUGCUGCCAUUUGGUUCCUAGGUGGCCUUUCUAUUUUCCAUUCCUAUUUAAUUGCAACAAAUCAGACGGCUUAUGAGAAUUUUCGGUACCGCUACGAGGGCUCUUCAAAUCCAUAUGACAAAGGAAUAAUAAGUAACAUUAAAGAGGUGUUAUUUGCACCUUUACCACCUUCUGGAGUUGAUUUCAGGGCUGAAGUGAUUCCAAGAAUCCUAAGAAUCUUCGCUCUUUCAACUAUAUGUAUGUAUUUAUGCAUGUAUAGCCAUUAUGAUGUCUUGAUACUUCCAUUCCUCAAUUGCUUCGAAAUUUACAUUGCAAAGAAAAAAGGACAGUCAUUGGGGUACGUUCAUAACUUUGAUCCAUGUCCAAAUCGAGUGGAUGGACUUCACUCUGAAGCGGAUGGAGCUGGUUCCUUGGUUAACAAAAUGGCAGAGAGACCACAUGAUGAAUGGGGUCAUGUAGACAAAGCAUGGUGGGUGGAUGGAGAUGGCUGCUUGAGAUGGGCACCAAUGUUGGCAUUUAUGGAGGUUCGGUAUGUGGAACCACACCAUCUUACAUAA